AAACUUCUUUAAAAUGUCAAAUUGUUUGGCUUAAAGGACUCGCAUCCAGGCCAUAAAUGUAAAAAAAAAAAAAUGUCAAAUUGUCCGACUGUCAACUCCAAUGCACCUGUCAUUUACACAACAAAUUCAAACGCAAUAGUUUCUUGAAAUGUACCCAAAAUAACUCUAAAAUGAGUUCAAUAUUAAAAUUUAUUCGUGAUAAUCACAUAUUGGCCAUAAUAGAAUCAGCAGUUGUGAAAAAAAAGUCAAGAUUGAGCCUCAAUGCUUUCGAUAUCACAGAAAUUCCCAGCCUUUUGUAUACCUGUUACGAAGUUGAACAUCUUUACCUACAUAGAAACAAAAUAACAACAGUAUCAGUGGAAUUAACACAGUUAUUAAACUUGACGACGCUGACGCUUGAUUAUAACAAUAUAAGUUCCUUGCCACCGGAGAUAGGAAGCUUGAAAAACCUCGUGAAUUUGAAUUUGAGUUAUAAUCCAUUACAAAUCUUGAUACCAGAGAUCGGUGAGCUAGAGAACCUUGAGGCGUUCUGGUGCAACAGGAUAGGGCUCCGGGAGAUACCAAAGGAGAUAGGGAACCUUAGUAAGUUAGAUACCUUCGGGGCGCGAGGAAAUCAGCUCAAAACUAUACCAGAGGAGAUGACCAAACUGUCAAAAUUGAGAUGGCUGACCCUAGAGCACAAUGAGAUUGAGACCCUACCGAACACCCUCGGAGGCCUAGAAGCCCUGGUACACUGUAAUCUGCGGCACAACAACCUUAGGGAAUUCCCGAUGUCAAUACUGCAGUGUGGUGAUCUCAUGUUUCUACAGCUUAAUAAUAACCAGAUAUCGAGAUUACCUGAGGACUUUGACAUAAAUUCCCUGCAAGUGUUAGAGAUGAUAGACAUGAGGGACAACCCUGUCUGUGAGCUUGACCAUCCCAAACACAUGCUCAUCCGCUACGCGGACGUGUCAACGCCCAGCUCGCUGAGCGAGAUAGCGUCGGCGUCGGGGUCGGGGCGCCACGCGGCCGCGCUGGCCGUCAACGCCACCGCGCUGCGCCUGCCCGCCGUGCCCGGCCCCCGGCGGCUAGAGAACCAUGCCUUCAUGGCCGAAAUGGACCUAGACGCAUCAUCAGUGGACUCCUCCGAAGACUGGGAAAACAGCGUGAACAGUUCCGAGCUGGACGUGCAGUACCAGAGCGACGAGGAGCGCGCCGACAAUGAGAUCGCUCAAUUCUUCCAGGCCGUCGGCAUGGUGUUGCCCGAGUUGUCCCGCUACGCCUCCACUGCCAGUUAGGCUGGUAACACUGGGAGAAAAAUUAUGGUUGAGGGCAUGAUUUAACCUUAGCUGUUCCGCUGCUCUACCGCUAGUUAAGCAGGCAACUCAGGACAACUGGUGAUUUCAACAAAAUGUUCAGCAACUGUUUCAUUCGACAAUAGCAACAUCAAGUGCUUAAUCGGACCACGCUAAGUUUUCACGGCAAGUGCUGCGUCAAGAAUGGAGCUUGUAGAAAUAAGCUAAACACGCUAUCCUGCCAAGUGUGUGCAAAGUUAGCGUGGUCAUAUCUGAUCCAGUUUAGAAAAACUGUAAAUAUAAAUGAGAAGACAAUUGCAGCGAUAUAAAUCUGUAAACAUUUCUGAAAGUUGUAGACACCGUAUUUAAGUAUCUUGAAGAUCUGCCUGUACAGUCACGUUGAAAAAAUAUCUAUACCUAUAUUAAGGUAGUAUAUACAUAUUUUUGGCACUUUGUUCGUAUCGAUAUUUUCACAUGUGACCGUACUAAGAUGCUUGAUAAGAACUUAAUGUUCACCGAAAAUUUGUGGUAAGGAUGUAUACAGGACAAAAGCUUAUAACCUUGAACCUUGAAUAGCGGCCCAUAUGUCUGUCUCUGUCUUCAGGGUGAUUUCCUUGAACAUAUUUUAAUAAAUUGUUAAUGCAAUAAAAUAACGGGGAAAGGGUCCCAUAGAAAGAGACAUAAGACUGCUCAACAACCUCCAGUGCUCUUUUAUGCUUCUUAGGAUCUAUUGGCCGUUUCAGAGAUGAAGUAAAACUAUGUAAACGGAUUAUAUCACGUAUCAUAAAACCCACCCUGACGUUUCGAAACCUUUACACCGUCAUAACCGUGUAAUCCGUUUCUUCUUCUUCCUCGCGUUGUCCCGGCAUUUUGCCACGGCUCAUGGGAGCCUGGGGUCCGCUUGACAACUAAUCCCAAGAUUUGGCAUAGGCACUAGUUUUUACGAAAGCGACUGCCAUCUGACCUUCCAACCCAGAGGGGUAAACUAGGCCUUGUUGGGAUUAGUCCGGUUUCCUCACGAUGUUUUCCUUCACCGAAAAGCGACUGGUAAAUAUCAAAUGAUAUUUCGUACGUAAGUUCCGAAAAACUCAUUGGUACGAGCCAGGGUUUGAACCCGCGACCUCCGGAUUGCAAGUCGCACGCUCUUACCGCUAGGCCACCAGCGCUUUUUUUCGCCGUGUAAUCCGUUUACAUAGCUUUAUUUAGCAACCGGAGUCGCCUUUCAGAGCUUACCCCUCUGUCGAAAAAAUGGUCAUAUUUAUUGUAUGUACUGACGUUUAUCUGACAUUUGAAAGUCAAUAUAUUCUUUAUUCAAAUAGGCCUGGUAACAAAUCGUCAAAUUUUACAAAUAUCAUCUUAAUCUAAAUACAUUUGACGUGCGCAAAAAUCGACAGACUGCAUGUUUUGUACAGAAAAUUACAGACAAGGCGUCUCCGGUUGGUUAAGUGCUCUAAGAUUUCAUCAGUAGUAAUCGCGGUAACCGAAAACAAUAUUAUUUAAUAAAAAUAGUAAAAUGCUUCAUUGCACACUAUAAGAAGAAACACAGAAUUUAGAAAAGGUAUAAAUUGGGGGUAUAGAGUUGAUCGGCAGACGGGUAUGCUGAUGACCUGGGGCUAUUGGCGCAAAACAAAAGGGACCUGGAGGCCAUGGUUAGAAUUCUGGGGCAGGAAGAGGAGAAGAUAGGUCUCAGAAUCAACAUGCAUGAAAAUAAUAUCUCCAAAUGAAAAGGUACAAAAUACCAGAGUGGAUAGAGAAGACCUAGUAGUCGGAGAAACCACUUGUGUGGAUCGUUUUAGGUACCUUGGUUGAGCAGUAACUGAUACCAAUCGAGGGGAAGAAGAGAUUAGAUAUAGAUCUACGAAUCCAAAACGCCCUAAGAUGCUCGCCAGCGCUCCAUCGAGUUUUAGUGUCCAAGCUGAUAAGUAGAUCAACCUAGAUUCUAGUCUACAAAACUGGAAUUAGGCCAAUUUUGAUGCCGCAUACAUGAGCUUCUGACUCAGAAACAAGAGAGCAAGCUCUUAGUGGCAGAGAGGAAAAUCUGGCGGAAGAUUCUGGUACCUAUCAGAGAUGAAGAUGGAACUUGGAGGCGUAGGAAGAAUAGGGAGCUAGAGGAAUUGGUUGCGGUGCCUAAUGUAAUUGGCGAGAUCAAAGCCACACGACUCCCCUGGCUCGGUCACCUGGAGACGAUGGGAGAGGAUCGUGCUGUGAGAAGAGCGUAUGUGGGGCACCCGGGUGGAAAACGUCCGUCUGGGCGUCCCAGAUACUGCUGGAGUGACGAAGCCCUAAAAGACCUGUCCGCCCUCGGAAUACCCAACUGGCGUAGAGUGGCGCCCUUAUGUCAGAGGCCAAGAUGGCCUGUUUGGGUCACUGAGCCAGAGAAAAUUAAAAAAAAAAAACAAAAUUCAAAAUUGUUUAUUUCUUUCAAAAACCAUGACAAAUAUUACAAUGGCUGGUGUCUCCUUGUAAGUUAUUAUCAAAAUAACCUGUGCUAGGAGGCACCGCUCUUCCAUAGCUAGAGAAGGAUAGUAUAAAUUGGUACUAGUUUUCGGAGAUGUUUCAGGAUAUUCCAGACAGUGUAAUUAGACAAUGCAGAUAUAGUCUGACAAACAGAACUUGUCAGUCAGUAACACCAGGAAAACUAUACAGUCCUGGGCCAAACUAUAAAUCAGAUUUAUACAUUUCAAGAAUGUUUUUCAAAUGAAACAGUUGAACUAGCAACACCCUUAAUCCGUCGGUAAACCUUAUGUAUUAGCAAUAAGGUACAAAUUGACAUAACAGUCAUCAGUGGACGAUGGAUAUAUUUUUCCAAAUUGUUGGUUUGAUAUUGAACCGAUGAUGGUGCUGAAGUUUGGGCCAAAAUUUAGAAAUGUAACAUGAAAUUCCUAGUUAACCCUUUGGCUGCUACAGGUAGCUGGGCUGUGGACGUCAUCGGAAAGUCUUGCCAAGGACGCCAACGACGGCCAUAGUCGUCAGCUUCGCCAAUGCAAUAAGGACUUACGCGGGACUCCGUCAAGUUCAAUUUCGCUUAAAUAAUCGCGAUCGCCUUGCGUCCGGGGCACGGCAUAUUCCUUCGCCGUCUGGCGUUCAAAGGGUUAAAAAAUGCCAAUGGUCAAAUCUAAUUAAUGUCGUCCCGUACAUAAAUCUGUCAAAAUGUAAAAAAUGCAAAAAAUUUAUUUAAAAUUAUAAGAGGAUGAGGUAUCGCUUUAUAUUCAAUAGUUUCCUAUACGUAUUAACAGUGACAGCACAAGUAAAUAAAAUGUAACAUCGUUUUUAAAUAUCUUUUUUAAUUACAUUUGGCCAAAGAAAAUAAAAUUUAGGCGGAAUCCAGGGGACUUGUACAAGUAGGAGUGAUGAAUAUGUUGAAGAUAAUUAAUACGGCCUUGAUUAUGUUUCCAAUGUAUUAUUGUAUCUUUAUAGCAAAUUUUAGACCGCCACAGUCGGCUUUUGCCGACAAAGUAAGUUUAGGCUGCUAAAUUGAACCUUAAUCUUUUUUUAUAUACCCGACCCUAACAACCCUCCCUCCCAUCAUUGAGCUCUGGCAACCUUACUCACCGACAAGAACACAACACUAUGAGUAGGGUCUAGUGUUAUUAUGCUGCGGUUUUCUGUAAGGUAAAUUCUAAUAAAGUUCACUAUUGCGUGUGAUAUAAGGGCCGAAUCUAUUUUUAAAUCGACACUAAUCUAUCCACGACAUUUAGGGCCAGUUGCCCCAACCACAAAGCGGACAGGGGCCUAUUUCUCGAACGGUAUUAGUCUAAUAUUAUUUCUGUUCAAGUUAAUUAAUGUUAUUAGUUGUUUGCGCCAUCUACUAUGUAUGUAUUACAAUAAUUAAAAAGUCUUUAUUUUGCAUGUGAACCUAUCUAUCUUAUCUACUCAUUACCGCGAACAGAUGGCGUUACGGGUUCUAAAAACCAUCGAGUAUAGUUGUUUACUUAUAUAAAAUUCUCUUGCACUACCUAUCUGCAUGAAAGCUGCAGUUUUAAUACUAAUAGCACUUUUAUACCAUUUUAUGUUAUACGUUAAAACAUCGCUCUGAUAUCAUUAGACUUAAAUCGACCGGGAUAUAAACCGUGAUUACCUUUUAUAUUGUUUUUAUUGAGCUCCCGGUGAAACUAACCGUGAAUCAUUCAAAACUGUUAUCGCUCUGAUAUACCUAAAAUUUAGAUAAAAAUUAUAUUGGAAAGUGACAUCGUGGCAACUCCAGAUACAUUUAUGGUAACGCCAGAGACUAAACAGUGUCGGUUUAAAAGUUCAUUCACCCAUAAAAUAGUCGUGGCGGUCAAAAGGAAUUAAUGGAAUUCUGUAUAAGAUUCAACUCUCCUAACGGUUGAAAUCCCCGAUUCUUCCUAUGUAUACUCUGCAUAUCUUAUUUUUAAUACUGAAUACCUUUCGUCAUACUAUUUAGAGACACUUUUGAUCCAUACUUACUUUGUCUAAGUACCCUCAACACAAGCCUUAUUGAGCUUACUGUGGGACUUAGACAAUUUGUGUAAUAAUGUCCUAUAAUAUUUAAAUUUUAAAUUUAAUUUCAUUUAAAUUUAAAUUUUAAAUUUAAUUUCAUUUAAAUUUAAAUUUAUACUUACCCAGUGUGUCGUAUUCGAUCCAUUGAAAAUAUUUUUUUUAGAUUUAGCUUAAAAUGCUACAGUGAGAUAAUUAUUAUUUGUAAUCGAUGCAGAUAAAUGCCAGAGUAUAAUUUAGAUUUAUAAUACAAAUGUUUAAACUGCAAAAUUGUUAAGUUUCCUUAGUAACUUUGUUUAAAAAGUUAUUUAAGUGUUAUAAUAUUUUUAUCGGCUGUGAUAGAUUUUCUGGCAUGAUCUGCACUGAAUAAACUUUGAGCUUACACUGUUAUAGUACGUGUCAUCUACGAUGACGCACUGAUUUGUCAAAUCUAAGCUCUAAUAACAUGACAAUGCGUCUUCGUGAAUGACACGAUCUAUAAUCUAAAAAUAGUACAUUACGAUACAAGUGUGAAAAAUAGGAAAUUCGAAACGAGUGGCGAUAAAUUAAAACACGACCGAAGGGAGUGUUUUAAAUCGACACGAGUUGCGAAUUACCUAUUCGCACAUGUAUCGUACAACGUUUUACAGUACAUAUGGCCCUUUAAAUGUUCGACACAGUAACAUAAUAUGCUACUUCUCGCACUAGUGCUAUAAAGUAGCCCCAUAUGUACUGUAAAAACUAUUUUUAUAAGUCUCAAAGGUUGGUAAUCAUUUUUUAUGAUAUUCAUAUUUGUGGAUUUAAGAAUUUUUUGGGAUUUCCUUUUUAUAGUAACUUUACGUUACCUACGUUCAAGAAGUCGCAUACUCGAGCAAGAACUUAAGAAUAAAAUCGUAACUAAAAACGUCAGUAGCGUUAAAAUUUUAAUGGGUUUCUAAUACCUCUAAUGAUGAUUCUGGAGCUAAAAUUAUUGCUAGUUUUCCUUAAAGAAAUAACUUAUUUUAGUUAUUAUAAUAACGAUUUAAAUUACAAAACUACAUUAAUUAAUUCAACCUAAUUUCUAAGGUUUGAUUUUCAGUAUGGAAUUAAAACUAUUAUAUAAUAGUUUAUCCUUUAGACUUUUGGACAAAUCUAGGUUUAGUAGAUAACAUUGUUAUAGUGCCUAUACGGCGCCGUUGUGAACGUGUAAUAAAAAUCAUUGAUUUAUUUGCCAUUUUUGGGACACUAUUAACCUUUGACCGCCACUGUCGGUCAUAGUCGACAAACUAUGCGUGUUAUACAAAAUAGUCGUGGCGGUCCAAAGGUUAAAAUGUAUCUGUCCCUUUCUAAAAGUAAAGGUAGGAAUGGAGGUGCUUAGGUGACAAUUCAUUGGGGUCAAUUUAUAGUUGGUCUAUAAACACUAGGUAUAUGGCCGAUUACCUAUAUAUUACGGGGUUGACUGGAAUUUUAAUAACAUAGUAAUUAGUAAAAUGGUACUAGAGAGGGUAUGAGGUUAAAAUACUAAAAUAACAUCAAUACAAUACACAAUAUUAAUCUACGCUGUGAGUUUUCUAUAUAUAGAAAAAACUAUCGGUGUUCUUCAUAAGUUGUACAUCGAUGUCCUAUGGUAUAGAUCGCGUCAUUCACGAGGACGAGUGCCUUGGUUCUUAUUGUCAUGUACUUAAAGGUUAGAUUUGUCAAAUUCGCGCGUCAUUCUGAUUGACACGAGAUACAUAUAUAAUAUAUAUAUACGUGUUGUAACUUGCUAUGUUAUGAUCCGAAUUUUGGAUAUAGUAUUAAUAAAAACAUAUAAAAAUGUGACUAUAAUCCGAAUUUGGGUUAUGCUACAGCUAAAUGUAAGACAUUUAUUGGAACAUGUUGUUUAUCGGUAUUUGGAAUAAUCAAUGAAUGUGAUUCUGAUCAAUUUUGAGCUUUAUUCUUUACAUUGUAAAGUUGGUUUUAGGAAUCUAUGUGAGAAGUCCAAUUUUCUAGCCAUCCAUUUUUUUUUGUAUCGUCAUUAUCUCAAUACCUUCAUGUAGAAAUAUUAUUAAUUAUUUCUUACUCAUUUUUAUCUUUAGUAUGACAAUUUAAAGUCAUAUCAAUGGUGUUCUAGGAUGCUUAGAUAUGCGGGCAUUCUAUUAACCAUACUUCGAAGGUCUUCUUUAAGACAAGUUACCUAGAACUAAAAUUUUAUAUAUCAAUUAAAACUAUCAAAUAUCUGAAUAUCCUGCAGACUAAAUUUACCUAUUUAUAAUUAAUAAAUGUACCAAUAUAAUAAAUAAUUAAUAAAUGUACCAGCAGCGGUAUCAUGGUCCUGUUUUUAUCACUUGUCAUAUCAUGCGUCACUUUCGCACAGACGUAUUUGUAGGAGCGUGACAGGUAUGGUGACAAAUGAUAGACAGCCGUCCAUCUCAGCCCUGCAGAACUACUUCCGAAUAAAAAAUUAUAUUAUUUUACAAAUAUUAAAAUCCUGUUAAGUUAGUCUACCUACUUGUUAACAUGGUGCCUCUUUAAUUGUUAGAUAUGUUUAAGAUUGUUUUUAAUUAUAUGUAUUUGAACCAUUUAAGGUUUUUACCUAUAUUUGAAUCGGCAUAUAUCGUUACAAUUAAUUAUUUUAUUUUUUAGUCAUAUAUUAAUUAAGGUUAAUUUUAUAUGGUAUAUAUUGUCCUAUGUAACAGACUGUAGUGGUCAAAGGUUGAAAUCGUCUUGCUGAGUAGUCAGACCGAGCUAACUUAGCAGCGAUUUUUAUAGCCCAGCCUGUGCACGUGUUAUGUAGACGUCAUCAUUUCAUAGAUGUUUGACGUUUAGAAUAACACUUGAACUGUCUGGGCUAUCAAAAUAGCUGCUAACUUAUCUUGGUCUGAUUCUAGAUAAUUUUCUGUAGAAAGUAGUGACAGAUAAAAUAUUUUAUUGGGAUAUCGUCAGGUGACAAGCAAAACUCACUAAAUACUAAAAAUAAUUAAACAGAAAUCAACCUUAUUCUAGUAGUAGUUCAUAAUGGCUAUGACCUUGUGGUGGUAAUUAGUGAGUUUUGCUUGUCACCUGACGAUAUGGUAUCAAUAUUUAUUUCAUGUCUCACAAAUUUCUGAUUCGGAAGUAUUUCGUUUAAAUGUACCAACCGUAGUGAAUUUUUACUAAAUGUCUUUACAGUUUACAUCGUCCUAUUAUUCAAUACAUUUCUAGAGAAAUAGGUAAUAAUAGCGGCUUAUAUUUACACGCCUAUAUAUAUUAAAAUUUAUAUAUUGUAGUAAAGAAUACUUAUACAUUCUUGUUGUCUAUUUAAGUACGUGCCAAUAGGUACAAAAAUCGAAGGUUUUUGAGGAAACCCUAAGCUACAGUGGCAAGGCCAUAGGGUGGUGCUCAUCAAUCAUCAUUCAUCAUAUUGUAUGAAAAAAACAUAGGUUUUUUGUAUACAUUCAGAACCUACCCCAUACAUAAUACAUUGCUACAUAACUAUUGAGUAAAAUUACUUAAACCUAAAAAUUCAAAUUAUAUUCAAGUCAGAGCUUGGGAUAUUAAUAGCAAAGCCUUUUUUUGGACAUACUUAUGAAUAACUUUCAGGAAAAUUAUGAAACUCUGAUUAGGAAAUAUUGUUAUUAGUGUAAGUUUGGUACAGUCAGCAAUACUAUUCGCUUAGCACCUUUGAAUACAAACUUCUAUUCGGGGGGGUAAGGGGUUACUUUUAUGUGCAGCUGACUGUACAUCCCGUACAUAAAUACCAAUCACAUUUUCUAGUGAAAUGUUAUUAUUUCACUACAAAAUUUCUUGGCUAAUGUGGGUAUAUUACUGCUUCUAUUUUAUUUGAAGUAAAAUACCGCCGUUUUUAAAUUGUAUAGGUUUUUAGAAGCAGAGCAUGGCAACUGUUAAACGUUUGCAUAGAUGGUGCCAUCAUAGCUGGCCCCUUUCUCUAGUUUUGUUAUAUGAGAUUUGGCUUAAAGGACUGGCAUCCAGGCCAUAAAAAAAAAAACAAGAAUUGGACACCAUUCUAGGGACAGGGUAAACUAUGCUGGCGCCAUAUGUUUAAUGCUGCGACCGACCAACCUUAUUGCAAUUGAGAAAAAUACUUUCACGUACAGGCGACCUCAGAAGGAGGGAUGUCAACUAUUCAAUUCAACUAAAUAAAACAAGGAUUCAAAUUCAUAUUGUUAUUACAAUUAUUACUAUAGAGACAAAUGGAUUUUAAACUGAUAUUGUCAGUUUAGCUAGCUAGUAGCUGCGUCUAAAAGUAAGUUAGUUAAUCUGAGAAGGUAUUACCCAAUUAUUAUAAUAAUAUUAUCCCAUGUACUUUAAGUCGAGUUCUGUGGUCGACUGUACGUAAGCACAAAAUGAAAUUAAAUAGUUUCACAUUGUACCUAAUUAGGGUGAAUUAUGCUCAUGUCAUCUUCAACGAUUGGUCCUUCAAUCUCAAUGUAAAUUGUAUAAAAAUAGAGGCCAAUGUCUAAAUCAUCGGGCAGAUUACCCUAGUAGUUUAUAUUACUUGUAAGCUUUAGCUGGGUCACGGGUAGAACUAAAUUUAUUUGGAUAAGUAAUGACAAAAUUGAAGACUUGAAUUGUCACGAAUAUUGCUCACUCAUGGAUCAAAUAGACCUGUCAAUCUUGGAAUCAAUAAAGACCUUUUACAUCA